AAAAACGAGCAGACAGAAUCGUUUGGAUUUGCUUGAACUUUCAGGCCCUAUUGCAAAAUCUGUAUUCAGUGGGAAAUUGUGUUGAAUUUUCGAUAGGAGGAGGCUUUAAAAAGCCACUUUCAACUGGUUGCCAACAAUCGCCUCAGAGGCUUCUUAAAGGCGUUAAAAUGAGAGCAGCACUGUUCCUUUUCAUUGCGCAUGCAUAUUGCGAGUACACCGAUCCAGCAGCUCGAUCCUGUUUUGUUCUGGAAGGGGAUUGUCCCAACGAGAACAUCACCUUUUGGCUCUACUCCAAGGAAACAGGUGAUUCGCCAGUGCUGCUAAACCCCCUGGAUUUGAAUCCGAGCGACUUCGAGCCACCACGUCCAAUUGAUAUUCUGAUCCAUGGCUACACUGGCCACCGAGACGCCCCUCCCAACGCCUACGUACGACCCGCCCUGCUCGAUCACGAGGAUGUCUACGUUAUUUCCAUCGACUUCGGGCCCUUGGUGCAGAGCCCCUGCUACCCGCAAGCCGUACAGAAUGUGCCGCUUGUGGCCAAAUGUCUGGCCAGGCUCAUCGACAAUCUGUUGGACCGUGGAAUUGCUCAGAGCGAUCAACUGCACAUCAUUGGCUUCAGUGUGGGCGCGCAUGUGGCCGGGCAGGCGGCAAAUUAUGUGAAACGAAAGCUACAGCGCAUAACUGGCUUGGAUCCGGCCAAGCCGCUCUUCUCCUUAGCCGGUGACACACAACGCUUGGAUCCCUCAGAUGCAGACUUCGUGGAUGUCAUACACACCGACGCCUUACUUCUAGGCAUGCUCCGCCCCCUGGGGCAUGUGGAUUUUUACCCGAACAACGGAGGCUUCCAGCCGGGUUGCCAUCAAUCUUAUUUUUUUAAUGCUAGCAGAUGCAAUCAUGAUCGUGCGCCUCGCUACUAUGCCGAGUCUAUAUAUUCGAAGAUGGGGUUUUGGGGAGGCGAAUGCGCCGUGGACGCCAUCGAGUUUGAUCUGGACCGCUGUUCGGGGGACUCACCACAGGUUCUGAUGGGAUAUCAUGUGCUCCUCAAUGUGCGCGGCUCUUACUAUCUCAGGACAGGUAGUAAGUAUCCCUACGCCUUAGGAAAAGCCCCCCAUGUGUUUAAUGAAUAUCUAGAAUAUCUAGAAAAUCCUGAUGAUAUAUUUUAUUCAAAUUUAAUUUAUUAAUAAAUGUUGACACUAAUUGUUA